CCGGAAGUCACAUGUCUGUUGCAUAGCUGCCUGUGAUGCUAUUGCCAGUUAGAGGCAGGUUGAUAAUUGAGAAGCACCGGCUUGUGGAGACAAUGACAAGGUGGUGAAUUGCUGCUAAUGAAAGACUAGUUUGCGUUUGACCUGUCAAAUGAAUUAACAUUAAACCACUUAUAGUGCCAAAAUGACGACAACCAAGACAUUUCAGGGGAUAGAGCCCGGCGCUAAAAGCAGUUCCAGGGUGUUGCGUCCCCCUGGUGGUGCUUCCAACAUUACAUUUGGUGCAGAUGAGGAAAAACCUGUCCGGAAAGACAAGAUGGCCUCUAGUGUUUUUGCUGAGCCUGAGGACCCCUAUGCUAAUCGGAGGAAUAACCCACCAGGCGGAAAGCCCACUGGUGUGCUGUGUGGUGAGUCAUCGGCCCCCCUGAGACGAGGAGGGAAUCACACUAUCAACCACUCGGCUGACACCACGGAUGGAGAAAUGUUGGUGCGGGAUCAUGGUGAUCAUGACAAUAGUGUAGCUGAUUCUGAAAAAGUUGCAGAGCAGCUGCCGCCACUGCAGCAGCAGCACAGCAGCAGCAGCAGCAGGAGGACGAGGCUCCAGGAGCAGAAGAAGCAGCUGCAGGACCUCAGUCAGGCCGCAGAAAUCCUCCGGGCGGCAAGUCCAGCCUUAUCCUGGGUUGAAUUCUCACCAACUGCUCCUCCUGAAGUGUUCUUUAUCAUUUUUCAAACAAGGAUUUCCAUUCCAUUUUUUUUUUUUUACCAUAAACCAGACACCUGUUCCCUCCAUAUCUCUAAGUGCAUUGUUUUUUUUUUUAAGAAAAAAACCUUUUUGGAACCGUUUUUGUACUGUUUUUAUUGUUGUUAUUAUUCAGUUGGACAAAAGCACUUUAUGUAUUUCUAUGUAUAUGAUUCAACAUCUGCCUUUGCCGCUGUAAUGCAUUAUGCCUGUCAGAAAUGGCACAAGGAUGACAGUUGUUCUAUCAGCCUGUGGUCAGCCCUUCCACCUCCCCUCCCCUCCCGCCUCCUCUCCCACCCUCACCCCAUAUUUUAAUGCAGCAGCACGAGCUGUAUGCGAUUCUUCAAAUGGUUUGUAGAACACAAGCAACAACGAAGCUGUUCCUUUUGCACUGUGUUGCAGUUUUGACUCAUUGUGCAUGCACAACUCACGUGUAGUGUGUGAAUGUGAGAUGAAGCAGUUACUGUGAAGAUUUUUAAAAAGCUCAAUCCAUUUGUUAGUCGUUUCUCUUUUGUGAAAUGAACGUCGUAUUGUCGUUGCAUGAAGUUGGAAUCUUUCUACUGAUAACUAUUACCACUACUGUCCACCUGGGGGCCAAAUGUAAUUCCACAAUUACAGGAUUACUGUAAUUUUGAUCGGAAGGAUGCAAGCGUUUGUCUUCAUCAGUUGUUGUCGGCUUACACAGUUGAACUAGGCCUUUCUUUUUUUAAAUAGUGGUCACUUAGCUUAGCGUUACCCCAGUGGCAGUCUUGAUCGCCCAGUGAUUUUAUGAAGUAAUUAUACUCACAAUUAACUGUUCCUGUUUGUGUGUAAGGCUACAUUAACAUACCUGGCUGGGUUACCUCAUACUGUAUACUACCGGUGUCACCUGGACAGUGGAAUAUUGUUGGUCAAGGCACUUGUGUGUUUUCAGUUUUCUUAUCCUUGAUAUGGAAAGUGACCUUAUGACAACUCAGCCUUUUUUUAAAAUAUUUCUGUAACCCACUUUGAUUUCCUACAGAUCCUGCUCACUCAGAGCUACAGGCUGCGUUUAAUUGUAGAUUUCAUGUCUCGUUCUUCAAACCAAAAUUUGAACUCCUCGCUGUGCUUGCUACUGUAUUGUUGAGUCAUGUGAUUGGCUGCUACGUCAGCCAGCUGUCGUUUAAGAACAACAUCGUUUCAGGACGUCUCCAGUGGUAUUCAUUUUUAAUGAGUGUUGUGAUGCAGGCGUUGUCUCUUCAUUCCCUCCAAUCCACAUUGCUGACUUUAAGUUACUGCAAGAAAUGAAUUUAAAAAAUUGGCGCAGGAAAAAGAAUCCCCAUUAAAAAAAAAUCUUGACAAUG